CGUGGUUGCGGCAGUUGUCAUUUUUUCUGUGCGGGUCGCGGUCGGACGAACUUUCCGUUGUGUUGAUAAAUCGCUAUUUUUUGCGAUCGUCGCGAGUGAAAUGUGAUAUUAUUGGCUUCGCGAAUCAUCCCGACUGAGAUCUUGUUCAGUGUAGUGCAGUGAGAUUAUAUAUAAAGCAUGUUGGAACCAGAGUCGACAGAGGCAAAGCCUUCAGAGGCAGAGCCACUAGAGCUAGAAUCAAAGUCGGAGCCAUCAGAAGUAGAGCUGCCAGAGAGAAAACUACCAGAGACAAAGUCAUCAGAGCCAAAACCAUCAGGAAUAAGACCACCGACAAAAAUUGAAAGACUUUGUUCCUCUAGGCCACGUAGACCAGAUAUUCCACCACCUUCCCCAGUGAAAUCAGUGACUACAAAGCUCAAUCAGAUGGAGCCUCUCUGGGAAUCGCGCGGCCGUCAAAUAGAUGAGGCCAGCUUGCGAAGAGGAUCAGAUACCAGCGUCGUUCUGACCGAGGACACAGAAAGCUUUAUGAUCGGUGAUCGAGUAUGGGUCGGCGGCACAAAACCUGGUAGAAUCGCCUACAUCGGCGAGACCAAAUUCGCUCCUGGGGAUUGGGCAGGAGUCGUCCUGGACGAGCCGAUCGGGAAGAACGACGGUUCGGUGGCGGGUAGUACGUACUUUCAAUGCGAACCGAAGAAGGGGAUCUUUUCGAGGCUCACCAGGUUGACCAGGGCACCGCUGGGGGGUUAUCAGAUAAGCGCUACCUCGACACCGACAUCGCCGCCCGAAAGCAUCAAGGGCAGCUAUCUGGGCAAAUCUAUGUCGCCGUCAUUAAAUGUGUCGACGACAAGCUUGUCCUCGUCGGUGUCGCAGAGAGCGAAAGAUGACCUGAAGAUAGGUGAUCGGGUGAUCGUGUCAGCGAUGCAAGGUAGCAAAACUGGCGUGCUCAGGUACCAAGGACCCACGGAUUUCGCUGGAGGCGAAUGGUACGGCAUAGAAUUGGACGAGCCGAUCGGAAAGAAUGAUGGUUCCGUCAGCGGGAAAAGAUACUUCGAGUGCCCGCCGAAGCGCGGUCUGUUCACGGUCCCGCACAAGGUCAGCAGGUCGCCGUCCGUCAAAAAGUCAUCCAUGGUGUACAAACCGAGCGGCGGCGCCACAACAAACACCACCAUCCCCAGCCUCCAGAAGAGGAGCGGUUCGCGCGACUCUCUCGCGUCCAGCAUCGCCAGCGUCAAUUCGAAAACGAGUUCGCCGAUCAGCACCACGACGAGGACAUUGCAGAGGCCUGGCAUGCGCAUGUCGACACUUGUUUCACGAGAUUCACUGCAGGAGAUUCUGAAAGAGAAGCUGCAGGAGAUAGAACUUCUGCGAAAGCAACGAGAUUUGGAGCGUGCAAGGGUUACCAAAGCGGCAAAUCAAGCUGAUCAAGCGGAGCAAUCGGCACUUUCUAUCAAACAAGAGUAUGAUAAGUAUCGCGAACAGAUGCAACAAUCAGUCAACGAAGCGGAACUUGCUGUCACCAAACUUGUCAACGAGAGAAAUGGAUUGAUGGUGCAGCUGGAAGAGGAGAAACGAAAGUGCGAAGAUCUUCUUUUCCGUUUCGAAGAGGAAUCCGUGAAUAAAGACGACAUACAGAAAGAGAGAUCUGAGCAAAGUGUCAUAAAUACUGUAAAUGAAAGCAGGAUCAAGCAGCUCGAGGACGAACUCGCUGAAGAACGACGGGAACGCGUUGCUCAGUUGGAACGCGACAGCAUCAAACUCUUCGAGGCCGAGGAGGAAUUGACGCGACUGCGUAACGAGAUCAGCUGCGUGACGAGCUUGCACAAUUCUCAGCUUCAUGAUUUGGAGAGCCGUAAUCAGAGCUUAGAGGAGAUCAAGAAUAGCUUGGAGAAGGAAGCUCGGGAGAAAUCGAACCUGGUGAACGAAUGUGUGGACCGUAUCCGGGAACUGGAGCUCGAGUUGAGCAAAACGCAGCAAGAGAGCACAUCGCACAGCGAGUCCGAGAGUCGUUUGGAGAGAGAAUUGGAAGCUGCUAAACGAAGCCUGCAGAACAAAGAGACAUUGGUAGAAAAUAUGAAACAAGAAUUCGAAAAGAGUACGAAUCUCUUGAACGAAGAGCUGCGAAAGUCGAAGGAAAUGAUCGAGACGAUGAAGAGAGAGAGCGCGAGCGAGAAAGACUUGUUGCUGUUGGAGUAUCGACAGAAAAUCGAGGAGAGGGAUCGGUUAAUUAAAGCAAAGACCGAGGAGUUGGAGAACGAGUCCAGGAGGCUGCUAGAACAGCAGAACGUGGUUUUAGAAGGUUUGAAAACCGAGAACAUUAAGCGUAUUCACGAACUUUCAGAGUCUUUUGAGCAACAGUUGCGCGAGAAAGACUCGAAAAUUGAUGAGGUCUCGCAGCAACUCAAUCAGAGAGCAUCCGAAACCGAAAGACUGUUGGCCGAAUUGGCUGCUGAACGAGAGCUUCGCAAGAAGAAGGAUGAGGAACUGAAUGACGCUUUACGAAAGUUAGAAGAGUUAAGUAUAAAACUUAAAUUAGCCGAAGAAAGUAACAAUGCGCUGACGAAACAGAUUGAAGCUUAUAGAGCCAAAAAUGAAGAUAAUGUCAGAAUUAUUCACGAGAAGCAACAACUGGAGCAUGAUUUAGCUAAUUUAAUUGCUUCGGAAGAGAAAUCUACUGCACAAUUAAAUAAAUUAAGCGAGGAGCUGAGAGUGAGAGACCAAGAGCUCGCGGAAUUGCGAAAUGCUAACAUGGCGCAAAUAGAACAAAUAACUAAACGAUUUGAGAUCCAAAUUAAUGAAAAAGUCAAAUAUAUCGACCAGAUAAGCGCGGACGUCGCACAGAAAGCCUUGAUGCUCGCUAAAUUAGAGAAAGAUAUUGCUGAAUUAAAAGCGAUUAUAGCGAGCAAAGAUGAGGAGAUCAAACAUCUUCUUGAAAAGACUUCAGAAUUGCAAGAUGCUCUCACGUUAUCUGAACAAACGAAAACGAAUUUGGAGAGCGAACUUCGUGUAUUUGAGUCGAACAUGCAGAAUUUGAAUCAACAGAUCGCGAGAUCGGAAGAGAAAAUAUCGCAACUGUCAUUGCAAAAGGAAAAACUGGAAUGUGAUGUAGCUAACGCGAUUAGUAGUUCCGCCGAUUCAUCGGAACAGCUAUCGAAAUAUAACGAAGAUCUGCGAAAAAAAGAGAAGGAGUUAGACGAAGCUCAUGAGAAGAUCUUCCAUAUCGAAUCUACGUUGACUAAAACAGAGGGAAAGUUGUCCGAUACCGAGACAGAAUUAAAUAAAAACGCAACGUUAAUUGAGCAAUUACGCUCGGAAAAAUCAAAUUUGGAAUCGCAAAUAUGCGAUGCUAAAAAAUCAAAUGCAGACUAUGCGGAGAAAAUACGCGAGUACGAACGAAAUGAGAUUGAAUUAUCGGCGAAGUUGAAGGAAAGUGAACAUAUUAAGACAAAUUUGGAGAAAAACUCUGAGGAAAUUGUCAAUCUUACGGAAAAAUUGACAAAAAAAGAAGAAGAGAUCGCUAAUCUUCGCAAGGAGCACAAAACCUUGCAAAAUUCUCACGAAGAACAGGUAUCCUCGUUCCAAAAACAAAUCGCGGACUUGUCGAACGAAUUAACGACUUCACGCGACGAAAUAACAAAUUUGCAAAAAAUCAAAAAUAAACUAGAGGCCGAUCAAAGUGGAAAUCUAUGGUCAAUCGAGGAAUUAACGGAGAAAUUAAAAGCCGAAUCGGAUGCAUCGUCAAAUUUGAAGAAUUUCAUUCAAGAGAAAAGCUUGAAGCUUCAGGACACCGAAAACAAGUUGUCAGAAUUGCAAAAUAUAUACGACGCUUUGAUUAACGAUAAAGCGGCAGCCGAUAAGAAUUCAACCACAUCUUUAAAUACCAUGACCAAUGCGAUAAAAGAAUUGAACGGCAAAUUAAAGGACGCUGAAAAAAUGAUUAAAGAUAAGGCGGACGAAGUAUCGAAGGCGAGAGCGGAGACGGAAAAGUCGCAAGCACAAAUAGUCGAAAUGGACGCUAAAAUAUCUUCCAUGAAAGAAGAGCAUAUUCGUAAUAAUGAGGAACUGAAAAACGCACAAGAAAUAGUCACGCAGAAACAAAGUGUAGUAAAUGAAUUGACUGAAGUCAAGGCUGCUUUGGAGAACUCAGUGAAAUCCUUGGAAACUCAAUUAUCGAAUUUGCACGAGGAAUUAGACAAGAGAGAGAAGGUCCUGGUAGAUAUGGAAGUUAGAACAAAAGAAUCGGAAACUUCUAAAAAGGAAGAAGUGUUAAAGCUACAAAAUUCGUUGGACUGUGAGAUUGCAGCAAAGCAGAAGGAGAUCGAAGACAUAAAUAGGCAUAAUAAAGAGCUAGAAGAAAAAUUGCGAUCAUCGCAAGACGCUGUAGACAAGCAUAAAGUCGAUUUAAAUGAUAAAGAGAACAUUAUCGAUAAAUUGAAGGCGCAAAUGAAGGCUUUGGAGGAUGCGCAAGUGGAAAAGAUUAAAGCAGAACAACAGUCGCGAAAUGAGGAAACCAAGUUGAAACAGAACGAAUUAAGCGGAGCGAAUAAGCGAAUUCAUGAGCUGCAGCAUACGAUAAACUCAUUGGAGAAACAGCUAAAGGAACAGGCUGAUCAGGCGAGAGCUAUGGAAAAUAAUGAGAAGGAAGUGAAGAAAAAUGUCCAGAACCUGCAGGAGAAGCUGAAUGUCGCCAAGAUAGAAGAGACGCGACUUCUGAACGAGCUAAGCCGAUUGGAGAAGGAAAACAAGCAGGUCACCGCAAAAUGGACGGAGGCGACAAAUUUGAAGAAUGCUUACGAUGGAUCGGGUGACAUGAAACAAGAACACAUUGUCGAAAAAUUGCAGGAGGAGAACGAUACUGCGAAGAGUCAGAUAGAUUUUUUGAACUCCGUGAUAGUCGACAUGCAACGUAAAAAUGAAAGUCUGCUGUGUAAGAUCGAGGUUCUCGAGAUGGGAGUUCCCGCCAACGAGGCCGAGGAUUAUACUCGAAGCACCUUGGAUAAGCGAGCGGCGGCGCCCCGUAUGUUCUGUGAUAUUUGCGAUCGGUUCGAUCUACACGAGACGGAGGACUGUCCAAGACAGGCUCAGGAUUUCUCGGAUAGAGUUCCGGACAGAACGGCCAAGUCGAAGAAGCCACCCGUGGAGAGACCGUACUGCGAAAAUUGCGAGAUGUUUGGUCACGACACGCGCGACUGCGAUGACGCCGAAACGUUUUAACGUUUUAACGUUACGUCCAUGAAUUCAUUUUGUUUGCUUGCCAAAAUGUCCCGCGUGUAGCUAUAAAGAAAUCUGUUUUAAAUUUUACAGAGUAUAUAUAUAUAUAUUUUUGUAUGGCAGAUUUUUCGAUUAUAUUCUAAAUCUCUGAGUAUAUAUGAGUCUUCCCGCGCAAAACGUAAAACGCAUAAUACGUAACCAUUAACACACUCUUAAAAUAUUGCAAGCAACUUUUAUGCUCCCUCUAAAUAUGACGCGAUCUUAAUAAGAUACUGUUUAUUUACAAAAUUUUCUGGACGUGUAUAAUUAUCUUUAUAUUAUUGCA